AUGCACUUUAACGACUUAAACAUUUACGUCCAGGUAAAAUGUAUCUCCUUCUGUUCGUCCAAUUUCUCCCCCCCCCUCUUGUCAUCCCGGAAGAAUUGCCAAAUUGUAAAAACUCAAGAGGGGGAAGACCUCGAGAAGAUACAGAGCAAAGGGCAUUUUGACCUAAGCCACUUAAUUGGUAAUGUAUAUAUUGGUAAGGUGUUACGCGUGGGGGGUACAUUUACACAGACAGUCGCAGCGAACUCAAUACUAGGCAAAGACAUUAUUGGGAUAUUCACCCUCAAGUGCAAAGUUAUUAAGGACAUUAUCAUAACGCCCUACCAUGACAUUGUUGAAUAUCCCUGUAGCCAUUUGAAAAAGGAUCAUGCAGUGUGCGUAGCGCUUCGAUCCUUUUACGAAGCUCACAUUUGUUUGAGUACCCUGAGUUGCCCAAACAAGUUGCAGUACCUUGCCAUUUUCGCGGACGAUAUUUUUCAAGUGCUCCCAUUUUUGAAGCUUCUGAUGAAACGGAAAUUCCUCAUAGAGGUAUUUUUGUCGAGCAAGCCGAGCGGGAAACCAGAUAGGCAACCAGGUGGAGAAUCACCUAGACCGCCACAUGGAGAAUCAGGUGAAGAACCGAAUUCCGAACCGAAUUCCGAACCGAAUUCCGAACCGAAUGCCGAACCGAAUGCCGAACCGAAUGCCGAACCGAGUGAACUGACAACCCAAACGGAAGCGCUCCUGGAACAAUUCCACAUCAGCAGUGAGUUCAUGCAAGAACGGGUCUUCAUACGGACCGAAGACACAAAUGUCCAACAACAUACGCAAGACGUAACGAAUGGACUCGGAGUAAAAACUAUCGUUGUGUUUCCACACGCCAACAGUGACAUCAGCAUUUUAAAGAAAAACAUUUUCACAGUAAGUGCGUUAAAUGCAAACAUAGUAUGCAUGGCACACAUGGACUACUUAAAUCCACACGAAUGUAAACUGCUACAGGAUAAAGGCAUAACCCUCCAUUUUUUUAACCUGAAUAAUUAUCUAAAUUACGAUUAUUUCAAAGUGGCCGAUGCAUUUAAUUACGUGUUAUUAUCCUUCCUAAAUGGAGAUGUGACCAUUCCAUCGGUCCCCAUAACGACCAAGUCUUUUUCCAGCAUCGAGGAAAUACUGGCAAGUGCUGCCACCUCCCCAUACGAUAAACGUUACAAUAUUUACGUUAACAGAAAUAUGCAAUGA